CCCAUUUUUCGAACAGUUAAUAGCACUGCCGAGCAGUAUUGCCAAAUGUUAUAAUGUUCCCAGUUAUAAUUUAUAAGGUGUAUUCGUGUGUAUACGUGGGAUUAUUUCUCUAACAGAAGUUCAUUCAAGAUGAAGCGUGAUUAUUAUUGUUUCACAUAGAAGUUCUAUGAUAGAACAUGUAAAAAUGACAAUUUAUAGAGGUGGCCGAACUAUUAACACAAAAGACUAUUUUUACAUUUGGCGUGUAUAUGAGAACGUAUAAACUGACAGAUAACAGUCGAAUUCGAUAACAUUCAAAAAUAUUACAUAUUACAAUAAACCUCUGUAAUAUCGAUAAUAUAUAAAAUGCAUGAAAGUAUAGAUGAUAUAUGCAAAGCAAUCGAUGAAAAUUUAUUACAUAAUUUAGAGCUAAUGGAAGAGAAAAUUAGUGUCAAUGUACAACUGGAAAACGUAUUGCGUAAGGGUCAUAUCGAAUUAGCUAAAGCCAAGUAUAUACGUGGCAAAGAAAGUAUAAGCAUAUUACAGGUUCCUGAUAACGAUGAAAAGGUGGCCACAUUGUUCGAGUUGGAAACAAAAAUAACAGAAGAAACGGGCAAAAUAAUUCCAAAUUUUGACAUAAGCUUAAAAAAGUUAGAUAAAGAAGACGAGAUUCAAGAUCCUAUAAAAUGGUUCGGCGUACUAGUACCGCAAAGUUUACGAAUUGCUCAGAAACGUUUCCAAGAAUCUCUUUAUUUUGCCAUAAGAGCAGCGAAUAUACAAGCUGAAAUCACUUCCAUAUCCGACAAAUUACAAUCUUUAUACUUCUUGAAAAAUGAUUCUUGUGUAACGAACAAUGUCAAAGAAUAA